AUGGGAAGACUAGAUGACAAAGUUGUGGUAUUAACUGCUGGUGCUCAGGGUAUUGGUAGAGCUUGUGCAGAGAUAUUUGCUAGAGAAGGUGCUAGGGUUAUAGCAACAGAUGUUAAUGUAGAGAAACUAAAGGAAUUAGAUUCUAUUAAAGGUAUAGAGACUAGAGUACUAGAUGUAACAAAUAAUGAUGAUAUUGUGAAACUAGCUAAAUCAUUAGAUCAUGUAGAUAUACUGUUUAAUUGUGCUGGAUACGUACACAAUGGUACUAUAUUAGAAACAGAUGAAGCUAGUUGGGAUCGAUCAUUUAAUAUAAAUGUAAAGAGUAUGUUUAGAAUGUGUAAAGCUUUUCUGCCUAAAAUGAUGGCUCAAGAUUCAAGUGUUAGUAUAAUUAAUAUGUCAUCUGUAGCUUCUAGUAUUAAAGGUGUACCAAAUAGAAGUGUAUACAGUACAACUAAAGCAGCAGUUAUAGGUUUAACAAAAUCUGUAGCAGCAGAUUAUGUUGAUCAAAAUGUCAGAUGUAACUGUGUUUGUCCAGGUACAGUAGAUACGCCAUCUUUACAUGAAAGAAUAAAUGCAUUAGAAGAUCCACAAAAGUCCAUGAAAGAUUUUUUAGCCAGACAAAAGAUGGGUCGAUUUGCUUCAGCUGAUGAAAUAGCUAAUAUGGUGCUUUAUCUGGCUUCAGAUGAGUCAAAGUAUGUGACUGGUCAAUGUUUUAUUAUUGAUGGUGGAUGGAGUUUAUAA